UUGUCGUCGGUGUGCCGCACAGCACAGCACAGCGCAGCGCGGAUGUUACCGCCUUUGCACUUGCAGAGUGAACUUCUGUCGCAUGUUAUUUCUAAGGAAUCGCGGUCAGCAGGAGUAGAUACCACCAGAGCCGGGAUAUCGGCGCAGCAGGACCAUGGCCAGCGCUUUGGGGACCCUCUUUCUCAAAAUGAGCUGGUUUUGCAGCCCGGUGGCCGAUUCCACUCAUUUCUCUUGGAGGCAUUCGCCCCGCAGCUGAGCUGGCAUUGCACCGACCAGAAGACGGGCGCUGACAGCCGUGGGCUGAGGCUCCUCCGCCGGGCAGGAGCCCGGGAGCGCGCGCGGGGCAAGAAGCGGCACGACCCGCGAGACAGCCGCCUGCGCCCUCCAGCGACGCCGGCGGGCGACUCGAUGUGAAACCUCACAAAACAAUGUCAGCUAUAAAGAUCCAAGUUGGUUCUGUGGUGGAAAUGAAAGGAGAUGAGAUGACCAGAGUUAUUUGGGAACUGAUUAAAGAGAAACUUCUCUUUCCUUAUUUGGAGAUUGAUCUACACAGUUAUGACCUGGGAAUUGAGCACCGUGAUGCUACCAAUGAUCAGGUGACUAUUGAUGCUGCUGAAGCUAUUAAAAAAUAUAAUGUAGGAGUUAAGUGUGCCACCAUCACACCUGAUGAGAGCAGAGUAAAGGAAUUUAAACUAAAGAAUAUGUGGAAAUCACCCAAUGGGACCAUCCGCAACAUCCUUGGUGGCACCGUGUUUCGAGAGGCAAUCAUUUGUAAGAACAUUCCUAGACUUGUGCCUGGCUGGAUCAAGCCAAUCAUCAUUGGACGUCAUGCGUACGGUGACCAAUAUAGAGCUACAGACUUCGUUGUGCCUGGUCCUGGUACAGUUGAAAUCAAGUACAUACCUGAUCACGGUGAACCUGUUACCUAUACUGUUCACAACUUCAAAGAUGGUGGAGGAGUUGCUCUGGGGAUGUACAACACUGACUGCUCUAUUAGGGACUUUGCUCAUAGCUCCUUUCAACAAGCUCUUGCUAAAGGUUGGCCAUUAUACAUGAGCACAAAGAAUACCAUACUGAAGCGAUAUGAUGGACGAUUCAAGGAUAUAUUCCAGGAAAUCUAUGAAAAACAAUACAAAACACAGUUUGAGGCCAAAGGAAUCUGGUAUGAGCACAGACUAAUUGAUGACAUGGUAGCUCAAGCACUAAAAUCUGAGGGUGGUUUCAUUUGGGCCUGUAAGAAUUAUGACGGUGAUGUGCAAUCUGACUCUAUUGCACAAGGAUAUGGCUCAUUGGGAAUGAUGACAAGUGUAUUAAUUUGUCCUGAUGGCAAGACAGUAGAAGCUGAGGCUGCCCAUGGCACUGUAACACGUCAUUACCGUAUGCACCAACAGGGCAAAGAAACCUCAACUAAUCCAAUUGCCUCAAUCUUUGCUUGGACUCGAGGAUUAUCCCAUAGAGCAAAGCUGGAUGACAACUCUGCACUGCAGAACUUCUGUAACAUGCUAGAGGAUGUAUGCGUAGAAACCAUCGAGUCUGGUUUCAUGACUAAAGAUUUAGCUGCAUGUAUCAAAGGUCUGCCAAAUGUGCAACGCUCUGACUAUCUGAACACUUUUGAAUUCAUGGACAAACUUGCAGAAAAUCUCAAACUGAAGCAAGUGUCUUCCCACAAGCUUUAAAAUUUGCUGAAUAUGCACUGUAAAAGGUGCACUUAAUCAUGGUUGCUUCAGUAUACUGAAUGGUCAAAAGUCUUGUCCCAAGUCAGAUCUGUCUUGAAGCUGAAUGUUAAAACAGCAUUUAGGAAUUGCUAUAUUUAGCAGAUAAUAACACUUGGAAAACAUUGCAUGUGAGUAUUGAGCUAUUAGAAAAGUUGCUGGAUUUGAUAAUGACUUGUUUUCACUGAGAUUAAGCAUAAAUAUUAUGUACUGUUUACAGCAGACUUUCACUACAGUUUAUAUACAAACAGAGGGCACAAGUUAACUAUAGUUCAUAACAUCUAGAGAAUUAACUACCUGAAAAACAGCUGUAAUCUUCAGUUGAUGUUCACUUUACCAACUUUUUUUUUGUAAAAGGGAAUGAAAUUUUUGACUCACUUUAGAAUAUUGGCCUUGGAAAUUUGAAUGACUAUUAAAUCAUGUGGACUGUCUGGUCACUAAAGAACUUGUUAAUUGUAUGCAACUCAAAGUGAGGGUGGGGAGAAGAAAUUAGGAGCUUGGAUUCCUGGGGAUUUGCUGGACAUCUCACGACACUUUAAAUCCAAGGAUUUCAAUCCUGACUAUAGAGUGCUCCCUUCGCUAUCACUAAAGAUGGCUUAAUUUUCUGUCUGGAAACUAAACUGGUCAUGAUCUUAAGAAAUUUUCAGGCUAAUGUUUCAAAGUGGGAGUAUUUAAAGUCUGUUAAGUUUUGAUCACAAUUUUAAUUACAUAGUCUCAAAACAAUUGAAUUAAUCUAUAGAACUACUAAAGAAUACAAUUAUUAAUGUAUAAUUGCACACUGAAGCAUUUACUAUUCAAAUAAAAGUUUUGAAUUUUC